CAACGGCGGCAGUUGCAAACGACGUAGAGCAGCCCAACAACCCUAGCCAGGAAUCCGGCUUGAGUUCAGUCAGGGGGUGGCAUAAGAUUGGGCAGCCCCGUCAUUGGCGCCCCAUGAGAUGCGAAGUGUCUAAGCAAAUCUCAACCGGCCUGGCGCUUCCAUGGUCUGAGCCUCGAGCCACCACAUGCCCAAGCCCAGCAUGGAGGCCACUAACCCCACCUCCAGGCCCCCGCUGUGCGAUGCAGCGGCACGCCUGGAGCGCUCGCUCCCACAGCGCGCCACAUAUGAUCAACACACCCGAGACGGCUCGCAAAGCCACCCGCACUACAGCACCCCCAUGACGUCACGCCACAUUGACUUUCACGAUCUCGGGCCUCCCGUCUUUCGGCCAGGAACCAACAGUUUGUGCACGAGACAGCCCCAAACCGGGCCAGCCAGCCACGACACGCAUGCCUAGCGUGGUCUACUGGCCGCGACGCACCAAGCCCCCGAGGCCUGAUGAGGCCAACAUACUAUCAUCUCCGUAGAGUCGAC